AUGCUGACAGUUGAAAAAGACAAAGACAACCCUGACAAAAAAGUCAAGCAGCCGGUACAGGUUGCGUACCGUGAUGCCGCCAACCACAUUGAUACGAUUUUUGAGAGGUUUUUCAAAACUCUGGACGGCAAAAUAUCUCUGCUCACAGAACUGUCCCAGGCUGAAUCAGAUAAAUACCCGGAAGCUCAACUACGACAAAAUAUCAAUAUUCAAAGAUCGGUAAUUACAUUUCUAUCCCAACCAAUCAGAAACAAGCAUAAUUUUUCCUACCUCCAUAACCCAGAGAACACGUGUCGCCAAAGUUUGGUUAAAGUUUUGAAUGUAGUGCCAUCUGCAUUGGGAAACUUUGACCCCAGAAAUAAACUGCGCAGUGGGAAAAGAUUUGAUUUUAUCAACAAUACCAGUAACCACGCCCGUAUGCUGUUUUUUCUUGGGACCACACGCAAUGAAACUUUACUCGAACAAAUAAACAAAGAAGCUGAACAAUUCGGGGACAUUGUGCAGGAAAAUUAUCUCGAUAUUUAUAAGAAUAUCAGAUAUAAGGCAAUGUCAAUGCUCAAAUGGGCGUCAACAUUUUGUCCAGAUACAAACUACGUAUUAAGAACUGAUGACGACAUUGAUAUUGAUAUGGAAAAAAUUGUGGACGCCAUGAUACAGACCAAUCAAAGGUUGGAAAAUUUUAUUCUAGCAAAACUUGUAAAAAACGGAAGAGUUUUCAGAGACAAAAAUCACAAGGUUUACAUCUCAGAGGAAGAAUACCCAAACAGUACAUAUCCCACAUUUGGGCUUGGGGGCUUGCUGGGCUACCCCAUGGGGACAGUCAGACUACUGUACCAGGCGGCGCUGAGGGUCAAGCCCAUCUGGUUGGAUGACGUCUUCAUCACGGCUUUAUGUGCACCUAAGGUCAACGUGACCUUGCUAGAACAUCCGGCAUUUACAUUUAAGCAUAAAGACGUGUAA